AUGUGCAUCUCCUUGCGUCUUGCGGGAGACGAAGGAUGUUUCCAUUUGGUGUCCGUCUACGCGCCCACGAUGCAACGACCGGAGACCGAGAAGGACGAGUUCUGGGAUGAGCUGCAGACCGUGUGGCAGGCGCUGCCUGCACGAGAACCCGCCUGGAUUCUAGGCGAUUUCAAUUCUCGAAUCGGUAUCAAUACUGCAGCUGCUCCAUCACCCGCGGCAGAAGGAGUACAUGGACCGUAUGGCCUUGGUCAGCUGAACGCCAAUGGGGAACGUUUUCUUCAUUUCUGCUCUGAAGCUCACCUUAAAGUCCUCAAUACGUUCUUUCAGCAUUCUGCCGACGAGCUCACGAGCUGGGUUCACAGACGGUGGGGCACGCAGGGCAUGAUUGAUUACGCAGUGGGCCACGCUGCAGACUGGUGCUUUGUCCUUGAUACUCACUCCCUUCCUCAUGCAGAGGUGAAUAGUGACCAUCGUCUCAUGGUCUUGAAGCUGCGCGCGGAGGUGGAGCGCCUUCGACAGGGUGCAGCUCCUGGUUUUCCUUCGCUGUCUCAUGAUCUGUACCAGGCGGGCGUUUCCAUUCUAGGCACUGCACAGCGCAGAACAUCAGACUGGCGAGAGGGGCAUGACGCUACUCUUCGGGCCGCAGCUGCACGCCGCCAACGGGCUUUGGAGAGCCUCAGGCUUUCACCGGGCUCUCAGGCAUGCUUACAGGAGCUGAGAGAUGCGCGCCACGCCUCUCGUCGAGUUGUUCGGGACCUCAAGGCUCGCUGGUGGUCAAGUCGCCUGCGGCGCCUCGAAGCAGCCGCUCGCCGCAACGAUGCUGCUACUGCCUACAGUGAUGCUAAGGAGAUGGGCCGUCUACUUCGCUCACAAAGUGUUUCUGUGGAGCCUCUAGCAGCGUCGCCAGAUGCAGAUCUGACUGCAAAAGCUGCUCACUUUCAGGCUGUGUUGAACGUGCAGCGCCCAGUAUCUCCGCACAUCUGGGACGAAAUUCCGGACUUGUCUUCUGAUGCAGCUGACAUAUCUUGGGACCCGCCGACAGAGCACGAACUUCGGUGUACCAUCAUGCAGUUGUCCAAUGGCAAGGCUCCUGAUGCUUCAGGUGUGCAUGCCGAGCUCCUGAAGGUGUUCGUUCAGACAAUGGAUCCCGCUGGUGACGCUGUCAUUGCCGAGUUCCACGACCUGGUCCAGCGACUUUGGCGUGGAGAGCAGCUCGAUUUGACUACCUGGCACUCCUCGCUGUUGUUUUCGAUUUGGAAGGGCCGCGGCCUUGUCACUGACCUCGAUGGACAUCGAGGCAUUGUACUUCUGGACGUGCUCAAUAAAGUCGUCUGCAAGAUGCUGGCUUCUCGCUUAUCCGAACUUGCCGAAAAGCAUUGUGCUGAAUCUGAGACAGGCUAUCGGAGAGGAGUGGAGUUGCUCUCGUCCUACUCGAGCCCACGGGAGCAGCUCUUUGUACGCUCCAUCGAGGGACCGGUGCUCUUUUUGCUUUACUUUGCGGUCGUCAUGAAGGUCUGGCGACAGCGAUGCGGCGACGCUCUAGGUGUGCGACUCGGGAGCAUAGUUUUCGCGAUUCGGUCUUUGCAGAUGAUACGGCGUACCAAGAUUCUGAAGAUUGCUGGACAGCACAUCAGCAAGACUGCGCAGUUCAAGUACUUGGGAGCCGUUUUAGGCCGCGCCUUUCCUUCAGCAAGUGAAGUCGGAGCCCACUGUCAUCACUACACUGGCCGCGCCAAGAUGGUGAUGCAGACCCUUGCGCUUGACAAUUGGUCAGAGUCGCGGCUCUUGGCCGCGACGCUCCACGUGCUGACCGAGCGCGAGUGCACGCUCACGGUGGUGUUGCUUUGCAAGUGGUGCCCCCACUGCAACAAGGUCUAUCGACACAAGGGCUACUUUACAAUGCAUUGUCGGGAGUGUCGGGCCUUCCAUGCUCCGGCCCCAGCUGCGGCUGGGCAAAGCGCCCACGGUCAGGAUGCUCUGCAAGCUCAACAGCCGAAUGGUGGCCGUGCUGAUCGCGCUCGUAAGCCUUUGGUCGCCCUCUCGACUGCUGAGCUCACGCUGGCGUUUGUCAGUCAGCAGGACCAGCUUGACCAGUUGCAGCAGCAGUGUGCUGCGGUGUUUCGCUUCGCCUCCGACAACGUCUUUGCUCUGCGGCUCCUCGCGGCAGUGGAUCAGUGGAAAGCAGAUCAUCGCCCAGGGCGCCCUCACCCACUUGGAGCUUGUGCGACGGCAGUUGCACUUGCAAUGCUCUUCGGCAUCUCCGAUGCUGGGAUUCCGCCAGCGUGCAACGAGGAGGCGGCGAAGGCUCUUCAGACGUUGGCGGCAGAGCUCCUGGCAGGGGAAGCGGCAACAGUUGCUCGUGAGUUCAGUCACUGCAGCGCACGUCUCACGGCAAAGAAGGAGCACAUCAUCCUGGAUUGUAGACCUACCCUCUAUGGCCGCAUCUUUCCAUUUUACAAUGUACUAUGUCAGCUUUUGGAGGUCGUUUGA